AUGGGCGUUACAUGCAGGUUGGCGCUGGUCUCCCGAGAUGCUGCUCCUACUUCGACGCCGCCUGGGGCUGCCUUCGGCCCCUCCGGCUCCCCGUCUUCUGCUCCUGGAGCCCGCGCGCCCGCGCCUCAAGCUUCGAGGCUCUCAUGCUUCACGCUCGGCAAGCGGAGGGUGGACUACGCCGCAGUGGACCAGCCGCCGCCUGCGGCGAAGAAGAGGAAGGUGGAUGAAGCGACCCCGUCCGGGGCUGAACCAUCUGCAGCAGCCGCAACCCCCUUCGUGAAGAAGGGAAGCGACGGCACUCGCUCCUCUCCGGCCCGGUCGUCCUCGCGAGGCCUGGAGGAGCAUCCUCGUGGGGAGUCAGCCCCCGUGGCCCCGCUGGCUCCAGAGGCGUUGGUGUCUGGCCCGGCCGCUGGGGUCCCCGAAGCUCAGGAGUCCCCGGUCUCCCAGGCCCUGGUGAUGACACCGUCUCCUCCUCCUGCUGCGCCACUGCUUCCAGGUCCUUCUGUCUCCCCUGAUGUCUUGGAGAGUGCUCUUCUUGAGAUGACCCGGCUGCGAGAGGAUCUUCAAGGCCCCGACCGCCACCUGGCGGCCGGUCGCCUGGAGCUGGUCUUCGACUGGCUUUAUUCUGACGCGUCUGUUCGAGUGAUGCUGAGCCAGGCCGGGCGAACUCCGACAAGGAGAGGCAGGCCGCCGCCCCAGUCGCGGUUGCUCGCGAAGUUGCAGUGA